CAACUGCUGCGACACAGCAUGCAUGUGAGUUGCAGCAUGACAUAAAUACUGACCACCACAUCUGAAGGCACACCACUAAUUGUGGGGUGUCCAUAAUAUUUCAGUUUUUGUUGUGAUUUGUGGUGGUAGUCACUUGGAAUGGGUGGCAUAGUUUCAACAUUUGAUUUACUCUUGCAGCCUGGAAAAAGAGCUAAAAAGCAGGUCACACUGGGAGAGAAAACGGAAACUGGGCCCUCCAAAAAUGUUCAAUGAAAAGAAAAAUGAGCAGAUGCAAAAUCUAUUAAGUUUCCGUCAACUUAAACUGAGCUGUCCAGAGAGUGUAUGAAAAGUGUGUCACUCAGUGUGUUCUCGUCUUUUAGGCCAUUUUGCCAGAGAACCAGCCAAACCCGCCUCAGGGAGUAAGGGGAAUGGAGAACAACAUGUGACCAAUCCGUGAGCCACUGUCGACAGCAUGCUUCGCCUCCUCCAGACCUUGGCCUUCUGCUUCUGGUGUUUUUUACUACUUCACAGACAGGCUGUGGCUGACGAAGAGGCCCUCUGGGGACCAACGCCAUCAAGAGAAAACCCACCUGAAAAUAAACAAAGCUCUUCCUGGUGGUCAAAGCUCCCCUCCAUUCCCUCACUACCGUUCCAUAUUCCCUUUUACGGGAGCUCAGACAGUAACAACAAGGAUGCUGAACUGACCACAACUGACAAAGGGCUUACGGAGCCAAUUAAUCACUUGCAAGAUCACUUUGGCUCGGGAGAAGGGAGCAGUUCUGAAGCCUCUGAACCACCCACCAGUUCGACUCAGGGGUUUCUAACCGGCGUGACAAAGAUAGGCCCAGAAUCACUUCCCACGGGGACAUCAGAUUCUCCACACAGCAACAUAGCGCAGAGCCACAAUGAUACCCUUGUUUCAGACUCCUACUCUCCCACAAUCAGUUCUAUCAGAAACACUGUGUUCACCGACAGUCCCACUGGCACAAACACUCCUGAACAAAACGCAACACAUACCCACCCACCAUGGGGCACCGCACAAGCAGCCGGACCCAGCAUGGGUGCCACUCCACAACAUAAAUUCACUGAUAAAGUGGAGACUGGAGAUUUUACAGAAAAGAUCUCUUCAACGAUAGCACCAGAAACUACAGUUCCCACUGCCUUGACAUGGGCAGCAGCCAAAACCACAACAACAGUCCCAGGACUGGUGGAGACCACACUGACCAAGAGACACCCUCUGGGGCCUGUUACUCCCCCUACGUCCUCACAAACCGUGUUCAUCAGAAAACCACAAUACCCAACAUUUAGUAUCACCCUCCAUGCUGGAGAGACCACAACGACAGAAACUCACCCCUCGCAGAGUGAGCCUGACCAAGGCGUCUCCGAGGCCAGAUCGGGAUCUGUGGAGGAACAGUCAUUGGUAAUCACCACUGCCAUGGGGAUUGUUCAGAAACUAGCGCCGAAAUCCACAUCAAGCACAACUCAGAGUCAAAGGGUUAACUUCCCAAUAGCAGGAGGGCUGCCAAGCAAAGAGGAUCAGCAGGAUGAGGAGGCUGAGGAAGGCGCAGUUCCUUCAGCAGACGGGGAUAGUGACACUGCUUUGGCAGACGUUUCCACGCCAUCCGCUAAGCUGCUAACACCAUCCCUUCCGCAGAGCACAGAAACUCCUCAUAUUUCCCUGUACACUGAAGACUGGAGUUCCAGCCUGACGGACAGCAAAGUCACCUUCCUUCCAGACUGCAAUAAAGAGCAAUCCGGGAUCUGCAACCUCUCAGACACCUGGGAAUCCACAACCGUGUCAGACGUUAAACCCACGCAAAACACAACUGCCACAAACCAAUCAAUUAACCCCUUCCUGAUCCCAGCUCCACUCAUGUUGGUGCCACUGUACACCGACUGGAACAGUGCCAUGGCAGCUUGGGGCCUGGCCUGGGAGGCACAUGUUUACGGGGCUGGUUGUGCCUUUGUGAUGCUAACAUUAGCCUCAGCCCUCAAUCUGCUCUGCUUGCCCCUACGAUGCCCAUCUGGAUGUGGCUAUUUUGCCCUGGUCAGCCUGUUUCUUCUAGCUGCUGGUUGUACCAGAUCCUUCGCACUCCUGUACGAUGCCUACGGGCACCAGGACCGCUUGCACUCCACAGAGGCUUCACUGAUGCUCUACGAAGCACCGUUUCCCUGCUUGACUGCAGCUUUCGGUCUGGUUUUCCUUCUCCUCUCUAUGCGUUCAAGAAUGCAGCUCUCCUACUCAGCCUUCCAAAGACCCUGUUUCCUGGCCUGCCUGGUUUUCCUGCACUUCGCUGCUGCAUUCGGACCGGUGACAUUACUGAAGUUUUACCAGCAAAAGCCUCCCCUUUGCCUCUUUCUUUCACUCAUCUCCCGCGGAGCCUUUGUUGCACUGGCCACAUUUCUGUCUGCUGCCUAUUUUGUUUUCUACAUCUAUGUGCGGGCAGAUUCAAAGCACAUCUACCACCUGAAUAACACAUCUCCAACACCGGCUGAGCGCUACAACCGCUGCCCCUUUGCAGAGAGCCGGGACUGGGACCGUGCAGCUGUAACUGUUUGUCUCUCAGCAUUGUUUUUUUUAGCAUGUGCAGGACUGCAGUUAUACGCAAUUCUCAAUGCUGUGGGUGUUGCAGGUGGAGAGGAGGUUUUCCACCCUUGGCCCUGGUGGACUUUUCAAUUUAGCUGCAGACUCUGUGAGCUCGGGGUUUGUCUCACCUUAGCCUUGGUGGUUGCACAACCAGUAUACUGUUCUGACCACCUCCCAGCUGCAGGGAGCUGCUGGACUGAGCUUUUGGCGUCUAAGUCAACCAUCUUGCCCGGAAGCUACCAAUGGUCCCUGAGCCAACAGGAGAAGCUUGCCAUUGUUGAUACCGUUGGGCUUGGAGAGACAGAGAACCUACCUCUUUACACUCUGAUGGAUGAGAGGCUUGGUAGUAGUCUGAACGGUCUGGACCUUCUCUACCACAGCAACAGGGCCUUGGCUUACAGAGACCUCGACUUGGAUUUGGACUUACAGGGUUCCGAAAAACCUGGAGAUGGAGGAGGUGGAGAGCCCUCAGGUGGAUCCUCGUUUACCAGUGACUCCACCACAGACCUACGGCCACCUUCGCCCAUCAACCUGCGCCGCAGCAUAGACGAGGCACUCUUCAGCGAGGCCCUCUUUCCCAUGAGCCUAUUUAGCUCUGCUAGGCCCAUUCGCUGCAGUGAUCUCUCCAUAAACAACCACUGUGCACUUCCCAGCAACGGCCUCUGUGAUCCUCUCUCUGCUGACCCUGGCCUUUAUCGGACUUCUUCCUGUGUGGAAAUGACCACUAAACCCCAACCCCCGUGCACCCAAACUCAAGGAGACACUGUUGUAGGUGCUCCACCAUCUCCCUCCCUAUCCUCUUCCUCCAGCUGUUCAUCACCUGAACGUUGGAGGGGAAGCUCUUCCUCCUGUUCUCUCUACCGAGCCUCUCUCGGAGGGUCCUCAUUGGUCCUCUGCCCGAGCCCAGAGAGACAGCCUCAUCAGCUUCUCCAGCAAGAGGGUGCGGGUCAUGUGCCGUCCUCUGGCCACCAGGGCCAUGCUGACCCACAGAGGCACUAUCACACACUGGGCGCAGCCUCACAGGAGAGCCUGGAUCUGGACAUGUCGUCUGAGGCAGACCGAUCUGUGCAGGAGGAGUUCAUCACUGUUUGCAGACAGAUGGAUGCUCUGAGCAUCUGCAGUGAAACUAUUGAUUUAUAAAGAACAGUCUGGUCAAACAAGGGUUACACUGAAAACUUAUUAAAGAAGGUAUCUGCUUUGUGUGGCACGUUGACUGUAAAGGUGUUUUACAGCCUCUUUGGCGGAGCAUGAUAGCUUUUGCAUACACCAUAAAAUGUCUAUGGCUGCCAAAAUACAGUUUUGAAGGUUUGAUGAGCUUUCUUUUGUGGUCAUUAGUGAAUGUUUCUGAGGGUCUAAGUGCCAAGAAUGUCAAAAGCCAAAAGGUAAUUUGUAACUUUUACAUGUUUGAUAAAGGCUGACGUAGUUUGAUAUAGUCGUAAGAAUAGUAACAUUUUACUGAGUGGAGAUAACAGGAAGUUAUUUGUACAAAUGUUUUUAUUGCGUUCCAACAUUCCAAUAGAUAGUACUGUGACUGAAUUAAGCACUUAUUAAACACUACUGAAGUCCUACCCGUUCAAACUGAUAUGUCAUUAAAUCUCAAGCUGAACACAUGGUAUAAAAAUGAAGUUACUCCAACGGUAAACUUUCCAUAUCAAUAUGCCACACGUCUUUCUUGCAGUUAUGGAGCAGCAGUGCCCUCUACUGGUAAAACCUUUAUCCUCCCCCAUUUAUCACCAGUGGAUUGUGCUUCUACGUGCACUGACCGCAUCUUUGGUCGGCUUACUAAUUUAUUUAUGUUCAAACAUAACUGUGCUCAACACAUUGUUUAAUAAAGCUUGUU